AUGAGAAUCGAGAAAUUAAAGGUAAAACCUCGAAAAAUAGCCGAUGUCGGUGUAUGCACCGCCGAACUAGCUUCCCUCUUAACGUGUUGGACAACGAACACAAUCGAAGAUGCAAAAUGCUGGACAGCGGUUAAAGCUCUUGAAGAAUGUAUGCGUACUGUGAGUCGAAUACGUCAAUACAAUGGACAACUCGAUAACGGAGUAAGAACGGCACGGGGCAGUAGAUGGGUACCCGUACUAGCAAUAACAGGAUUCGCGAGUAAAAAAGAUGCAACACAAUUUGAAUCAAGUGCCAAAGAACUAGCCAAGAAACGAGAAUUUAACGAAUACGCGACACUCUAUCAGGGCAAGUGUCCCGCCACCGUGGUAAAACGUAUUCUUGCGGCUCGUUGUCUGUUGUGCGAACAGGAUCGAUGGUGGUCCGGAUCAAAGAAUAAACGACAUUACUUGAUUCAUUGGGGAAAGGCCAUUCGUGAUCCGGUCCAAGCGCAGAGGUUAAAGAAUAAUUGGGGAAGAAUUGGAAGAUUGGUUACGCAUAUCGAGAUGGAUUUGGAUGCUUUGGGAGAAUGCGUGAAUUAUGAAAUGAAAGAACACGGAGGAAUAAAAACUAGCGAAUCAUCUUUAUCACCUUCGUCAACAUCAUCAUUGCCCUUUUCAUCGUCACCUUCUUCCUCGAAAGGAAGCAUUUAUCAACCGAGUAGUAGCGGUGAUUAUGCUGAGGAUGACGAUGAGGAAAUUGAUAUUGAAUCUUGUUCGGUAAAGUCUGACGUGACAAUGAUGGAUUCUGAAUGA